AUAAUUCUUAAUACCUCUCACUAUCCUCUCUUUGCUCCCAAAUUCCCCAGAUAUCAGCUGGGCUGGAGACACCCUGUGCCCUGGCUACUUCCCACUUGGAAUGCGUAGAAAUGUGAUGUUUUUGAGACAACCAGGCAUGACAGGAGAAGCUGAAACAACUCACAGGCUUCACUAGUAAUCAAGGUUAAAAGUUACCAUGAACUUGAAAAUUGGGCAGUAGCCACAUGGCUCUUGACCUGGUGUAAGUAUGAACACAGCUACGGUGGAAGCCAUGGAGCCUGCUCGCAUCAGCUGAGAGUCUGGUCCUUCUGUGCAGUGGUGAUUAUUCAAGAAACCAAGCAACCUCUGAGGAAGAGAGAAAACAGAAUGAGUCACUUCCUGAAGGCAGAGAUGGGAGAGGUGGCUGUGAUCACUGGGUCCUGGCUCUCCACCCCAAAGGGUUUGCCCUGCUGCCAGCAACUGCACCUUGCUUGCUGUUCUUCGACUUAUGUGAACACUUGGUAAGCUUCACCCUUGGAGCAAGCCUAAAUUGCUGAGGAUUUUCCAGAGAUAAAGUGAAAGCCCAAAGCUGAAUAUGGAUACUUUUCAACGGUCAGAAUAUGUUAGGAGCUGGCUUGUUAGUUGAAUCUGUGUUUUGGAUGGAGAAGAUCAGGUUUGAGACCAUUUAAGGAAUGUGAAGGUGCACAAGUCCAUGGGACCUGAUGAGAUGCAUCCGCGGGUCCUGAGGGAAGUGGCAGAUGAAGUUGGCAAGCCACUAGCUGUCAUAUUUGAGAAUUCAUGGCAGUCUGGUGAAGUUCCCGCUGACUGGAAAAGAGGAAACAUAACCCCCAUUUUUAAAAAGGGAAAAAAGAAGGACCUGUGGAACUACAGGCCAGUCAGUCUCACCUCUGUGCCCGGCAAGAUCAUGGGGCAGAUCCUCCUGGAAACUAUGCUAAGGCACAUGGAAAAUAAGGAGGUGAUCAGUGAGAGCCAACAUGCCUUCACUAAGGGCAAAUUGUGCCUGACAAAUUUGGUGGCCUUCUACAAUGGCGUUAUGGCAUUGAUGGAUCAGGGAAGAGCAACUGAUGUCAUCUACCUGGACUUGUGCAAAGCAUUUGACGCUGUCCCGCAUGACAUCCUUGUCUCUAAAUUAGAGAGACAUGGAUCUGACAGAUGGACCACUUGGUGGAUAAGGAAUUGGCUGGAUGGCCACAUUCAAGGAGUUGCAGUCAAUGGCUCCAUGUCCAAGUGACGACCAGUGAUGAGUAGCUUUUCUUAGGGGUUGGUAUUGGGACUGGCACUGUUUAACAUCUUUGUCAGCAACAUGGACAGUGGAAUUGAGUGCACCCAAGUUUGCUGAUGACACCAAGCUGCGUGGUGCAGUUGAGACACUGGAGGGAAGGCAUGCCAUCCACAGGGACCUGGACAGGCUUGAGAGGUGGGCCCAUGCGAACCUCAUGACGUUCAACAAGGCCAAGUGCAAAGUCCUGCACAUGGGUCAGGGCAAUCCCAAGCACAGAUACAGACAGGGCAGAGAAUGGAGAACAGCCCUGCAGAGAAGGCCUUGUGAGUGUUGGUUGAUGAGCUCAACAUGACCCAGCAAUGUGUGCUCACAGCCCAGAAAGCCAACUGUAUCCUGAGCUGCAUCAAAAGAAGCAUGGCCAGCAGCUGAGGGAGGUGAUUCUGCCCCUCUACUCCACUGUAGUGAGACCCCACCUGGAGUCCUGCAUCUGGCUCUGGGGCCCCCAACAUAAGAAGGACAUGGACCUGUUGGAGCAGGUCCAGAAGAGGGCCAUAAAGAUGAUCAGAGGGCUGGAACACCUCUCCUAUGAAGACAGGCUGAGAGAGUUGGGGUUGUUCAGCCUGGAGAAGAGAAGGCUCCGGGGAGACCUUAUAGUGACCUUCCAGUACCUAAAGGGGGCCUAGAAGAAAGCUGGAGAGGGACUUUUUACAAGGGCAUGUAGUGACAGCACAAGGGGUAAUAGCUUUAAACUGAAAGAGGGUAGAUUUAGAUUAGAUAUCAGGAAGAAAUUCUUCACUGUGAGGGUGGUGAGACGCUGGAACAGGUUGCCUGGAGAAGCUGUGAAUGCCCCAUCCCUGGAGGUGUUCAAGGCCAGGCUAGAUGGGGCUUUGAGCAGUGUGGUCUAGUGGAAGUCCCUGGCAGGGGGGUUGGAACUGGAUGAUCUUCAAGGCCCUUUCAACCCAAACCAUUCUAUAUUUCACAUCUAUUUGUAAAAGUCUGAAGCUAGAUGGUGAAAUACCCUCUGCUUUUUCCAUUUUCCAGCACUUAAAUGCAGUAUUAAAGCUCUAUUACAGCAAUUUGAAGGACUCAUGUUUCGUUGAUGGUUGGACUUGAUGAUCUGAAAGGUUCCUUCCAACCUAGACAAUUCUAUGAUUCUAUAUAAACCAUUCUAUAGAGGAAGUACUGUACAGUAAUGUUUGCGCUGACAGUAAUGUUUGUGCUGAUCCCUUGUCCUGCUGCUGGUGAAUCUCCCUCUGUUGACAAGUUCUUUAUUCAUUGGCAUGAUAGCAGCAAGCCUGCUUUUAUCACCGUUUCCAAACUUAGCCAAUGCUUAGAACAGAUUGUUAGGGAACAGUAACCUGGGACUGCUAACAAGGUGAGCUCAGGGGUUGUUCUGGGCUGUCGGCUCUCUGCUGGGUCUCUGUCACCUUAGAAAUAACCUCCCCUGUUACAGAGCUCGCAAAAUGCUGCAGCCAGCCCGCCUCACACUGGGCUGCAAGAGAGAGAGAAGCAGGAGCUCAGAUACUGGGUACCAUAGAUGGGUCCUUCAGUUGAUCCUGCUGGCGUGAAGAGGGUUUACGCCACACAAAGGCUUGCUGCAAUGUGUUUCAACAAGGGAAGCCCUUUCCCCUUGCUCGGCAGAAGUGUUCAUAGCCCCUUUGAAAGGUAGUUUGCUACCAGGGAGUUUUUCCAGCUGCAGGACAGAUCUCAGGGCAUAUGAGGAGUCCUUGCUUUAGAUGCUGGCCUGAAGGAGCUUUAUCAGUAUUGUCGUAGUGCCUGGAGCAUUGGGUCAGUAUAGCUUGUGUCAAACACGUAAAGCUGGCUCAGGACAAACUGUUGCCAGCUCUUCAUACCCAAAUAGGGUAUUUCAGGGCAAAUUUCUUCAGGUACCCCCUUCCCUUUCUCGUCAAAUACAAGAAACAAAAGGCAAAAUGUCUUCCUCUCAGUUAAAUUCCUCCAGGGCUAAAGAAGCCAAAGGAUGAAGGGCACAAUAGAAUCGUCUAGGUUGGAGGGGACCUUUAAGAUGCAGCCAGUACCAGGGAGGGAGCACACUGAAAGGUCGGAGCCCGUCAUGGCACCACAUGCCUGGAGCACGAGGGUGCCUGGUGGGUGUGACAAAGGUUAUGACAACCCAUAUCAGGCACAGCUUGACUGCCCUGGUGUGCUGGGCCAGGCUGAGCUAUAUGCUGGGCUCCUCUGAAAGUGACUGUGCAACUCAGGGGGAAAGAUGCUGAUCUUUCAUCAGCCCAUUAGGCUUCUCUUGGAGCAAAAUUACUGUCAGUGCCUGGGGAGGCUAGAAAUUACUCUUGUGCAGUCCUGCAGUAUUUAGACAAGGGAGUAUUUUGCCUGGCUUUUAGCUAAUGUGCAGCCAAGGCCUGUAAGAUGUUUCCAGUGAAUCACAAAAACUCCCCAAAAGGGGCACUGGGAUGCCCAACACUGCAGCUAUCCCCACUCCUCCCUUCAGACCCACUCCUGGAUGCAACUGGACACAGCAUGGUCAUCUCAUUGUCCACAACUGUCCCACACAGCUUUACUGACUCCUGGGCUUGGGAGUCCCACCACCCCUGUGGCUCUGGGAGUGAAGAGCAGCAAGUGCUCUGCAGCAAGGGCUCCUCUGGCUGCUCCCUUCUGCCGGGGCACCGCUGUCAAACAGCACCCUGAUGUCACGCUGUGAUGUCCCCACUGUGCAGCACGGGCAUCAAAAUGACAUGUCAGAAUGUCCCAUUGGUGCCCCCGGUCACCUGGCACCAGUCGGCCUUCGCUUGCUGACUGGCAGGACAAGGCCAGGCUGCUCAUGGCGAUGGACAGCGAGGAAAACUUUUGUCCAACUGGGACAGAAGAAAUGAAAAGGCAGGAAUCUCCCGCAGAAAUACCAUCAAUUUCUGCUCCAGCUGUGCUGGGGUAUCCAGCCAACAUGAUUUCUGCUGGCUCUCCAGGACAGGGGGAAAGAGCACCCUGCGACGCUGCCGUAGCAGAGUGGAAUGUGGAGCUGGAUGUCCAACCUGGCUGUGAGGGACGUGAGACCAAGCAAGUCCCUCCUGUUUCCAACAAGGCAGUGGGUGAAGCCAAUGAGUUCUCAGCACUCCACUUCCCUCAGAAGCUUUGGAAGGUGGUGGAAAGCCUCCAGUUUCAAUCCAUUUGGUGGAGCGCGGAUGGAAAAUGUGUUGCCAUCAAUGAAGGACUCUUCAAAGAGGAGGUGCUGGGUGGGGGAAGACCUCAACAAGUUUUUGGAAUGAACAGCAUGAAGAGUUUCCUUCGGCAGACGAACCUGUACGGCUUCACCAAACAGCGACAGGAUUUCCAACGAUCUGCCUCCCUGCCCGAAUUCCUGGCAGAAGAAGCAGCAGCUUCUGCUCACAGCCAGAUACUCUACUACUACAACCCCACCUUCCACAGAGACCAUCCCCACCUGCUGGCAAGCUGCAAGAGGAGGGUUGGCGUCAGACGCAGAGCCCUGGACGCCCCAGCGGUGGAUGAAGGGCACCCCUCCAGAAGCCCGGGUGCUCAGCCUGCAGGGGACACGCAGGCACCCCCCAAGCGAUGGGCUGAAGCACCUCCCAGCCUCAGCAGCAGCAUCCCUCCGCCUCCCCCGGCAGCUGCUCCCACCAUCCCAGAGCCUGCCGGAGCAGCGGGCAGCCAGAGGUUUUAGGCUUCUGUUAUAGCUUUAAGAGGGAUCAUCUUCAGCUGCUGGAAAGGUGCAAGCCAAAAGUGGGAUACAAAACAAGCCGCAGCUGCCUGAAUGCAGAGAUGGAUGAAAAGCACCCCAGAAGCCACCAAGAUCUUCGGCCUGCGCAGGGAACCGUUGCUGGGGUGCAGGAAGGUGUUCACACCAGCUCCACCGCAGGACAUGCAGGUGUCUGCUUGCAGAAAGUCCAUACUUGCCAAGAUGCAUCUUUCCCUUCAGCAUGUAAAGGCACCACAUGCAGCAGAUACUUGGUUUUGUUCUGUGGUCGGCCCCGGCUGUGUUAUCUGCCAUUCCCCUCUGCAGCAUGCAGGAAUGGUGUGGAAAGGAGAGCAGACGGCCACUCUGGGUCUUCAGGAGGUGCAAGGCCAUUGUGAGCGCAGAGCUUUAGAAGAAGGACCAGAUGGUUGUGUGCUUGCCUGCGCUGACCAAACUCAGUACUGCCAACAGCAGUUUCUCUAGAAAGGUCUAUGUCCUCCUGCCCACUCUGCUCUGGGCGUGGCUGGGUGCGGAUCCUUUUGGCUCUUCCUAUGUAACACUUUGUAUGGAAACUCGAUACCCUUGAGCAGGGGCAGACCCACACUCUGCUCUAUCUGCAGAGUGAGGACUUUGGAUAUUUUGGGACAAAGAUUUUCAAUAGGAUUCUAGGCUUGAAAGUUAAGGCCAAAUGUGAUCCAGCCCAGUGAUCAGUGUUGAUUGGAAAGCAGCCUAAUGGAGAGAGAUGAAGACCUCGAAGCAUGCUCCUCUAGCACUGUUCUGGCUAAUACCAUUCUGGUUUAUCAGGUGGGCGGUGCUGACUGUGUGCAGCAUUACCCGCUCAGGGCAGGCCUGCCCCAGUGCCAGGGUCUGUGCAGCAGUGGCCUUGCCGGGUGCAGAUGCUGGGGAGCUCCACAUCCCAAAGGUCUCAGAUUCAUUCCUGUGAACUCAGCUAUCAUUUUCCUAGUACCAGUCUCCGUGCCCUUUGGUUCUGGAUUGAUGCAAUCGUGAGUUCAGCAAAGUCUGAACUCCGUUCACCCCUGCAGGCAACAGCAGAGAAAGUUCAGGGACUGAAAGCAGCCACCUGCCGUUGGUCACCAAGAUCAGCAGAGCUGGGGCCACUGGGAGAUAUAACCAACAUAAGUGGUCAGAGACAACUUCGUAGAUGCUCAGAAAGCUGCUGAUGGGAUUCUGGAUGGAUCCAGCUUGCCAUGAUUUCUCACUCCUGAAUCCUUCUCCUCCUUUAGGCCAGUUCUGGAAACUGUAGGCAUGUAUGAGCUCCCUUCCUUCCACCUCUCUUGGAUGGCUGAAGAAUUGUACAGCUUCACACAGGGAGUAGUAGUAUAUCCCUCUGGCCCUCCAGGAUAUGUCCUGGUGACAGUAUGUCUCUGUCCCCUUGUCACCCUUCCCCUCACCACUUCAGCUAUAUGAAUGAACAGUGAAAGUAGUUCAAAUCACCUGUAAA